AUGACUGAUACCAAAGCUGGCCCUGUGCCACCCUGUGUGAACCCUGGCAAUCCCAUGUUUUCCUGUAUGGUGUACCCAAAGACCCUCUGUACAGCAACAUCUCUAUCCGAGCCUCAGAUGAUUAUGUAUAAAACCAGCGCAGGCCACUGUGGUGCAUUCUCUCCUCUGCCGCAGUUCCUCCCAUGCAACUACAAGCCCAAGGAGCAGGCGUUCUCCAGCUUCAUCAGAGCCACAGGCUUCUAUCAGAACAACAGUCUGAACACCAGGCCUGACCAAAGCCGAACCAUUGACUGUCCUAGAUUUCAACACACUCUGUGA